AUGGAUAGCCUUUCCAAUAACGUCUCCGAUAUUCAGGACUCACUUCGAUCUGCCAGGGAGAGACUCAAUUCCCUUGACACCACUUCAAAGAACAUUGUUGCUGCAGAAGUUGCCUCUGUUCGGUCCUCUCUUCAGAACAGUCUGAGCAAAGCUCAGCAUGCCAAAUUGCAGCUGGGCUCAUUCCUAUUAUUAAUUGAGAAUGUUGAAGAUCCAACGACAGUCAACAUGGCCCCUCAAAUCUCUUGGUUGGCUCGUUCUCUCGAUGAAAUUACUGCUUCCAUCACCCAAGCUGAGGCAUCGGCAGAUAGCGCGCUACAGUCCACCAUGGACUGCAGCUACCAAGUCAUGGAUGUCGGACGAGAUGUUGAGGCUCAGGAUGAUUUGUUAGAUGAAUGCCAGUCGCGAGCAAAGGACCUUGCCAGCCAGGCUGAGAGCUCUCUUGCCUCUAGCGAAGCAAUCCUGGCGCAGACACAACGGGAUGCCAGCGCCAAAGAAGAGGAAGUCCGUAUCAAGACUCGCCAGGCGAAUGAAAAGAAGACUAGGAAAGCAGAACUUGAUCGUGAGAUAACGCAAAAGAAUGGACAAAUUGCAGAGACACACAGACGCCGUGAGAGUAAGAAGGAAUCGGCAGGUGUAGGACUGAUGCUGACUGGCAUUGGCCUCAUAGCUGCACCUUUCACUGCAGGGGCAUCUUUGGGACUGGCAGCAGCCGGAGCAGGAUUUGCUGGUUACAAGGGCAUUCGUGUAUCGGAUCUAAAGGACGAGAUUGUCGCCCUUCAAUCCAGGGUGUCCGCUCUGAAUAGAGAGAUAUCCCAAGACCAGCAAGUAAUCUCGAACCUCGAGAUUGAGCAGCGCAACCUACAAAGCCUAGUCUCGCAGUACCAGCGUGACAUUUCAUCCCGUCGAUCAACGCAUCAACUCUACCAAAAGCAGAUCACAGAGGCUAACCGGGUAGAGAACGACAUCACAGCGCUCAAGGGUGUUGCAGAAGCCACUAUCGCCAAUAUCAACGAGGUCAACUCCGAAUUGCAGGAUGUAAAAGAGUGUCUGGACGAAUGCAGCUCUCUCUUGCAGGCCAAGUCAGUUGACCUGUCGACCUCGGCGACCUCUGUUGAUUGGGUCAUUGGUGUUGUUGGUAGAUGCACUAGAAAAUUCCGUGUCAAGGAGUUUGAGCGGCAGAUAACGCUCAUGGAGCAGGUUGCUGAGGUGCUGGACAAGAUUGAACAGGAAGGCCAACUACUGUUGUCAAGCCAGGAUAUGGCUUUCUUGGAUACAAUGGCUUGGGAUGUCAAGAGACCAAUCGUGGAGGAAAGUGAGACAAUUCCUGAAUUAGUAAUGGUUUAG